AUGAGUAAAGGCCCAACACAUCUAAGCUUAAAUCCUUGUCAGGUUUCUCCAUUUUCCUCUAAGCUCUGGGGUUUAACGAGGGUUACCAGUUUCCAUCAUUUCCCUGAAGAAGACGAAGGAGCCAAAGCUUCCAUCAAUCUUCGUUUAAAAAUUCGUCUCUACUCAUUUCCCAUCACCAAAAUGCGUCGAAGCUUCUCAAUUUUAGGUCCUCGCAAAUGGCGCAACCCUCACACUACCACCGUUUACUUCUCCGUCGUCACAAACCCUCUCGCUUGUAGCCCUAACGCCUCCGCAACUUUCCGAUAUCUAUCUUACUUGGCACCUCAGCGACGACAACAAUCAUCCCCAGAUCCAGAUGAUCCAUCGAAUCUAUUGAAAGAAGAUGGAGUAUCGCUCUGCUCUCAGAUGUGGCUUGAGAAUUUCAAAGAGCCAGACAAAACCGCGACCAAUCUCGCCUCAUACCUCCGAAGAUUCGAGCUGUGGGUAUUAGCUUAUCAGAAAGUCUGCUGUGACGAAUUGGGUGCUUACGUGCCUCGUAGCUCGAUUCAGAGAUCAGCUUUAGAGAAUCUGCUAGCUCUGAGAAACUCUGUUCUCGACGAUCGGUUUAAAUGGGGAUCUCGUUUGGAUUUCUACAUCAAAUCCCCCCGGGAUAAAACGGAUUACGAGUCUCUCUCUAAGAGGAAGAUCAAAGCUAUUCUGACCACCACGCAACCAACUCCGUUUCAGGAUAGGAUCGUUCAAGAAGUUCUGCUGAUGAUCUUGGAACCGGUUUACGAAUCCCGGUUUUCGCAGAAGUCGUUCGCGUUUCGGCCCGGGAGGACCGCGCACACGGUUCUGAGAGUGAUCCGGAGGAAUUUCGCUGGCUACUUGUGGUAUGUGAGAGGUGAUUUGAGCGUGGUUUUGGAUGGGAUGAAAGUAGGGUUUGUGGUUAGUUCUUUGAUGAGAGAUGUUAGAGACAAGAAAGUGAUUGACUUGAUUAAAUCAGCGUUGGUUACGCCGGUUGUAACGACGAGUAAAGGUGAGGAUGGGGAGGAGAAGAAGAAGACGAAGAAGAGAAAGUAUCAGAAGAAACGUGUUUUGGCUGAGGACGAGCCAAAGCCUGAUCCUUACUGGUUAGAGACUUUCUUUGGCUUUGCUCCUGAAGAAGCUGGCAAGUCUCCACAGUGGGGGCAUUGUGGGAUUCUGAGUCCUCUUUUGGUUAAUGUGUGUCUCGACGAGCUCGACCGUUGGAUGGAGAAGAAAGUGAAAGACUUUUACCGUCCUUCGAAAACCGACGUGAUAUGGAACAACCCUGAAGGAGAAGCUGAGCAAGGGAACACGUCGUGGCCGGAGUUUGUUCCGACGAGCGGUCCUGACAAGACGAGGAAAAUGGAUUACGUUAGGUACGGUGGUCAUAUCUUGAUCGGAGUACGUGGGCCUCGAGCUGAUGCCGCGACGUUGAGGAAAGAGCUGAUUGAGUUUGUUGAUGAGAAGUAUAUGCUUAGGCUCGACAACGAGAGGCUACCGAUUGAGCAUAUAACGAAAGGUAUAAUGUUUCUUGAUCAUGUUCUUUGCCGGAGAGUUGUGUAUCCGACUUUGAGGUAUACAGCGACCGGAGGGAAGAUUAUAAGCGAGAAGGGCGUGGGGACGCUUUUGUCGGUCACAGCGAGCUUGAAGCAAUGCAUCAAACAGUUCCGGAAGCUUAAUUUCAUCAAAGGAGAUCGCGAUCCGGAUCCUCAGCCUUGCUUUAGGAUGUUCCACGCCACUCAAGCUCAUACGAACGCGCAGAUGAACAAGUUCUUGACUACGGUUGCUGAGUGGUAUCGGUUUGCGGAUAACCGGAAAAAGAUUGUGAAUUUCUGCUCUUACAUCGUCCGUGGCUCGCUCGCUAAGCUUUACGCUGCCAAGUAUAAGCUUAGGUCGAGAGCCAAAGUGUAUAAAGGCUCUGGACGUGACCUGAGGCGUCCGUUGAAGGAGAAGAAAGGUCUGUCACCGGAAUACAACAAUCUCUUGAGGAUGGGACUUGCUGAGUCUAUCGAUGGGCUUGUUUACACAAGAAUGUCUCUUGUCCCGGAAACCGACUACUCGCCUUUUCCGGGUAACUGGAGGCCCGAGCACGAGAAGUUCUUGAUGGAGUACUUGAGGCUCGAUGAGCCUAAAACGUUGGAAGAGCAAAAGAGGUUUAUCAGAGAGAAUGGACUCGUUUCUCCUCAGGACUACACCUCGAUGUUGGUUUGGAACUAUAAACGAAAUGCUAUUCCGAUGGACCAGGUUUCGAUUCUAAAGGAUCAACCUUUCUUGCUGGGAUCAUCAAGCAACCGCGAAGAUGAUGAUGGUCAGAGGAAUAAAGAAGAAGAUGAAGAUAGCGACGAUGGACUUAACAUUGCACGCAUAUAA